GCAACAAGUGACACACUAUCGCAGAUUUGCUGCUGCCGUUCAGGACCGAUUCGAUCAUCCGCAGGUUGACGUUCGACGGCAAGAAGAAAUGGCGAUGUCUAUGUUCUUUGAUUGAAUAGAUAUCUUUCACGACAAUGUCUCACGGUUAUUACCAGCAUCAGUGGGGCCAUGCUCAGGACAGCCUGACUGAGCUUCUCACCCAGGAACUUCCCCCUGAGCCCUCCAAGCCAGAGAAGGACCGCCUGACGGCCUUCCAGAACAUUGCCACUCUCUAUAUCAAGUACCUGCAGAUCUUCCAGCGGUUGGAGCAGUGCUAUGACCAGAUCGUACACCCACAGAAGCGCCGGGUGCUGCGGCAUGUCCUGGAUGGGGUCAUGGGUCGCCUGCUGGAGCUCAAGAAUGAGAUGGUCCUGCUGGAGUUCUCCGAGUUCCAUUACUUCGACGACAUACUGUCUGAUCUGAAGCUGACCCCUAAUGAUAUUGAAGUACCAAUACCUAAAUACUUCCUCAACGAGCGGUCCAAGGUACUCCAGGAGCGUGAAAAACUGCUGGGCCAAAUCCUGGCCAAAAUGGGCCCUCCUGAUGAGAAAAAAGAGGAGGUUACCAUGACAACAGAUGAAGCUGCGAGACUCAUCCAGGUGCAUGAGAGAGCUCGACAGGGUCGCCUGAGGGCCAAGUUUAUGCGCGAAAUCCGGCUGCAGGAGGAGAGGGAACGAAUGGCAGCCAAUCGGGGGGCGCCAACCGUGGAUGCCGACGUGGCUGCUGUGAGAAUACAGAAGGUAUGGAAAGGCUUUGCCAUUCGCAAGCGAGUUCGCCGGGAGCGAGAAGAAGAAAUGAUGUUUAUUGGAAUGAACCCUCCACCGCCCCCAAGUAACCCCAAGUUAGCUCCGACCUCCCUGGCCGAACGCACCGAGUCCAACCGCCGGGUGACCCAGACCGAGCACGAGCGAGAAUUCCAGCAGGCGCUGGUCACCAUCAAGGAUAAGCUGAGGGAAGUCGAGGGACCAGACAUGAAGGAGAACAUGCAGGACCAGAUCCGACAGUGGUUCCUGGAAUGCAGAGAUGCCACGGGUAAAUUCCCUGAUUAUCCUACUGAGGAUGAAGGAGGCUCGGCCGCCAUCUUCAAGGAGAAGGAUCCCGCUGAAGUUGAAGCAGAAUUGAGGGAGAAGGAGGAUGACAAAGGAAAAGGGAAAAAAGGAAAAAAAGAGAAGAAAGAGAAAAAGAAAGACAAGAAGAAAGACAAGAAGGGCAAAAAAGGAAAGAAAGGCAAAGGAGGCGAUGAUGAGGAAGAAGAGGAAGGAUUUAAGCUUCAGCCAUCCAACUUCCUUGGGACUGUGUCUGACUCCACCCAAGCAUAUGAAACUGUGUGGAAGGAUCGCAAUGAAGAGCAUAACUUCAGCCAGAAGCACGACUCGGAGCUGAUCAAGGAAGAGAAGCGGAUUGAGGUUGAGACGGAGAUAAGAACCCAGGUAGAUGAGCUGAUGAGACAGGAGCUCAAGAACCUCAAAUUGGCAGUUGACCGUGACAAGGGCAAAGGAAAAAAGGGCAAGAAGGGAAAAAAGAGUGGAAAGAAAAGCGGCAAGAAGAAGAAAAAGAAGAAGAGUGGGAAAAAGAGUGGAAAAAAGGGCAAAAAAGGCAAGAAAGAGAAGGAUCUCACACCAGACAGGACCAUUGAGUCUCUCUAUGAAGAGUUAGUGCAGGAGGGCAUCAUUGUACGGCCGCCCAAGUUUGGUCUUAGAGACUACUUGGGUGAAUACAGCUACCUGGGCACGACGCUACGACAGAACAACAUUGAGCCCAUGCCUUCACUAUCUGAUGUGCGACAAUUGGUGGCGCUUUAUGGGGUUCUACCACUCGGUUCACAGUCUGUCCACGAGAAAGCACCCCUGGUCAAAUCCAUGCUACUGGCUGGUCCUCGCGGCACUGGUAAACGCAGCCUGGUCAAUGCCAUCUGUACUGAGACCGGUGCCAACCUGUUUGACCUGACGGCGACUAACAUCGCGGGCAAGUACCCCGGCAAGAGUGGCCUGCAGAUGCUGAUCCACUUAGUCUUGAAGGUUGGCAGGAACUUGCAGCCCUCAGUGGUGUAUAUUGGUGACGCCGAGAGAACUUGGCUCAAGAAGGUUCCCAAGACAGAUAAGUCUGACCCAAAGCGACUCAAGAAAGAGAUCCCCAAGUUCUUGAAGUUGCUGAAGCCGGAAGAUCGCAUGCUCCUGGUGGGUACCUCCAGGGCACCUUAUGAGUGUGAGAUGAAGGGAUUAACUGGUGCCUUCCAGAAGAUAAUCCUGAUCCCAAGACCGGACUAUGCUUCAAGACACUUGCUGUGGCGUAAUCUGAUCGUGCAGAACAACGGUAUCCUGACCAACACGCUAGACAUCAGCUCCCUGGCCAAAGUGACGGACGGCUACACCCAGAAGCACAUCCUGACCUCCUGCCAGCAGGUGCUGACCGACCGGCGUGUGGCCCAGCUCAACAAGCGGGCGCUGGCGGCGGCUGAGUUCAUCCCACCACUGGCCCGCAUCGACCCCAUCUACAAGGAGGAGGAAGAGGCCUUCAAGACGUGGUACAGUAAGACCCCACUGGGCAAGAAGAGGGCCAAGGCGGCCGAGGGGGGCGAUGAUGACGACGGCAAAGGGAAGAAAGGAAAGGGAAAGAAAGGCAAGAAGGGCAAGAAAGGAAAGAAGAAGAAGUGAGGCUCUCCACACCCCCAUUUCCUCAAAGAGAAGAGAUUUGGUUUCAAGACAAAAUGCUUUGGGUUUUGGCAGAUCCAGAGGGUAACUGGGGCUUUGUUUUUUUUUGCAUUUCAGAGACAUCAAUUUGUACAAAAUGUUAAAUUUUAUGACCAUCUUCUUCACUUGGUAGUGCCUUUUUGUACAGUUCCUCAGAAGUUCAGAUUUAGUAGAGACCCGACUACUUCAGCUACAGUGAUGAAUUCAUGAAUUUGUGUAUAACACACUCUUGGAACUGAAGUACAGAGAAUUAGCAUCAACAGGAUUCUUGAACAGCAUUGAUGUGUGCUAGGCCCAAAUCUUCUUGUGAAGGUGUGCUGGACUGUGCAUUUUAUGGUUGCAUGCUUAAUGUGCAUACAUGCUGCGUUAUUACCUGGCUGUCAUGCAUUGUUUAUGCGCCAGUAAAUUCCUUUCAAAUUAAGAAAACAGAUGUAAAAUAUAAAGUCUGCCACAAACUGCUUGCUGACUAGUGACCUGAAGUCUAGUGUACACAAAUCAAGAAAGUCAGGGGGUUAGAUGUUUUCAUCAGAGCAGAAUCUUUCUCUAGUUGUUUGCAUGUCUUCAGUGUGCGCUCAACACGGGCCUUGCCGCUUGAACUGGAUUCCAUUUGAAAGGCCAGCUAGUGAUUCCGUCCACUUUCUUGUUACAGCUGGCUAGCCAUAAGUGUGUAUAAAAUUAAGAGCUCUUUCAUUAGUCAGUCUUUGGAACCAUGUUUUACCUACUGGAUCUGUCCCAGCCACACCACCGGUGUGCACUUGCAUAUAUGUGGAAUGUACAUUUUGUUGGUGAUAAUUUUAUCAAUUUCCAGGAUUUGGAAUGUAAUGGGGAAACAAAGUUAUUUUGUAAAUAAACCCCAGUAAUAACAAAUACAGUGCCCAGAAUAAUCCGUCCGUAUUUUUUUAAAGAAAAAGUCUUUAGCGUUCUUCCAAUUUUUGAGUAUUUCACUACGUGCCGUCCAAAUAACAGACAAUGCGCAGGAAGAAUAUUUGAAUAUUGUGAAGAAAUGGCUCACCGAGUUGCCUUGUGUGUUGCAGAGUACUAUAACCUUUUGGGAUUUGUGGAGUGUUUGAUGUAGUUGAAUGUGUAUAAAACAGGAAAUUCCUCCAAAAUGGAGCUGGCUUUGAUAAAUUGUUUUGUUUUGGUAAAUAACUCAAAGCACAUGAAGGUACAAUCUGAUAAAGUCAACCUCUUCUGCCUUUUGUAUUCUUCAAAAUUACAAGAGAAACUGAUUAUCAAUUAUUAAACACAAUCACCUUGUAUGAAGAGUUUAAAUGAAAUGGCUAGCCAAACUAUAUAUGAUAAUAUUCCACUCUGACAGAGAUUUACAGCAAAUAAUUGACAGCUGAAUAACUGCAUGUUCUGGAUUGACAUUUUAUCAAUACUGAAUAUUAACCUAAACCAUAUAUGCAAUAUUAUAACUUGCCUGUAAACCUUGGGCCAGGUGCUACAGCAAAUAUCAUUGCAAAUAAAGGAAAGAUUCCAGUUGAAAACAA